CAGAGUUGAAAUCUCGCAGCUGUCAGAGAGCAGAGGCAGCGGCUCCUGUCUGUGUUGGUCUGUGUGAACCGUCUUCACUAUGAACUGUCUGCUGUCUCUCGCCUCUUUGCUGCUGCAGUUUUGGGUAAUUUUUGGAACUGAAGUCACUUUCGAGCUGCCUGACAACGAAAAACAGUGUUUUUAUGAGGAGCUGGACCAAAACAUCAGGUUUGACGUCACCUUCCAAGUCAUUGCAGGAGGCAACUAUGACGUGGACUGUUUUGUGACUGAUCCCCAGAACAAUGUUCUGUAUAAUGAGAGGAAGAGACAGUAUGACACCUUCUCUCACGUCACGUCUAUGAAGGGAGUCUACAAGGUCUGCUUUAGCAAUGAGUUUUCCUCCUUUAGCCAUAAAAUGGUCUAUCUGGAGUUUCGUGCUGGGGAAGAGGAUCCUCUUAUGCCUGAAAUGGCUAGAACCACGGCCCUGACUCAGUUGGAGUCAUCGUGUGUCUCCAUUCACGAGAACCUAAAGGUGGUGACAAACUCACAGAACAGGUACCGAGUCAGAGAAGCAUACGAUCGCCUGAAGGCGGAGCGGCUCCUUGUCCGAGUGAACUACUGGUCCAUGGGAGAAACCGUCUUCCUGUUUGUCAUUGGAAUCGGUCAGGUUAUGCUGCUGAAGAGCUUCUUCUCUGAGAAGAAAGGAGGUUCUGUGGCAGCCACUACUUAGGACUUCAUGAAUGUUCACUGGUCGGCACGUUUUCUUGGUUGUUGAUCCAAAUUUCAAAUCUUAAUUUUUAUUUUACCUUCUUGCCAAAAAUGACCAAUACAAAUGUUAAUAUUGUUAAGCUAAUUAUGAAUUGCAUAUUAAAGAAACCCAAUCAUUGUCCUGGUUGGUCGUGGGACUGAUGUCAGAGACCAAAUAAGUGUGAAUGUUGGUUUACUUUCUUUUAUUUUGUGUAAAUGUGUUAAUCGCCUCAACUAAUAUACAUAAGUUAUUGAUAAACACUUAACGUCAAUAUUCUUGACUAUUCUACAAGGAGUGCUUUGAAAAGUUGUUUUGAUAUUUUUAAGUCUGGGUUGAAGUUGGCUGUUUUAAUCAGUCUUUCGUUGUUACUGCCCCUGUUGUUACUGUUGGGUCUUAUGUUUCUUUAAACUAUUUAAAUUGUCAGAACAUUGUUACGGCAUUUUGCCUAUUAAAAAGAUAAAUGUUUUA